AUGGAAGAUAAUUUCCCCAGACUUCCCGUAGGAGAGCCCAACGGAGCCAACGUCCAGCCACCAAUUUCACAACCAAAUCAGGUGCGUGAUGAAUGUUUCUAAUCCCUACUUUGAGCAUUUUUCUUCGAAAACUGAAUCCAUCUCAUUCUUUUCCAGCAGGCGAAUAGGAAUCCAAGCCCGGCACCUAAUGCGAGCCCGGUUGCGGCCCCGUUGAACGGAGCGAAUCUUCAAUUUUCCGAUCAGGAGAUUUUGCGCGCUGUCGCCAAUGAGGUGAGUAAAAUAUCAAAGCGCACGGGCAGUAAACACACUAAUUGGUACCCUUCGAAUGGCUUGCUUUUGGCUGACUCUAAAAUUUUACUUGCGCGAAUAACAAAUGGGAGUUUGAGGGUUCAUCAUAGAGCCAGGAGUAAUUGGAAAAUGGGAUGAAUAAAAUAAACAAAAAACUAAAUUUUGUUUUAAGUAUCGACCGGUACACGUCUUCGAACUACCUAACUCUCUCCGUGAAGCUGGGUUCAACCCACCCCAGGGACGUAUGAUGAUGAUCAGUGGGGACGCCGUGUUCGGGACACCCAUGCAACCACAAGUGCCGUUCCAUCCUGGAAAUGUGAGUGGUUUCCUUGGCUAAAUAAAAUGUUUACUCUUGCUUUUCAGGUUGAUAGUGCCACCAAUCAUCCUCACAUUGAGUUCGGUCCGGUGGAGCAGCAUGACCCGGAUCCUUCUCUCAUAGCUCUACAGCAGAGAAUGCAAGACGAGAUGUUCGGUGUUUUAUUUGGACAGGUACAUAUUUCAGCUUGGGUUUUGAAAGUCCUUAGUCACUUACAGAUAGACAGAGUGUUCAACGAGAACGGAAGCUUCGAGAUGGCCUUCAACAACCUUCCAUCACACCAACGCAUGUCUGUUCAAAUGGUAGGCGCAACUCAAAGUACACCCUCUGAAAUAGACGCUUUACAGCAAGUACCAGCGUUUCCUGCGCCGAUGGAUAUGCAAAAUAUGACAGCGGAGCUCCUGAGAGUGCAACACUUGCACACGUUUCUCACUGCCGCUCUCGCGCAGGCUGAGCAUGCUGAAAUGACGAUGUCAAGCGAGGACUCUCGUCGCAUGCGCGCCCUACUUGUCACGGUAGGAUACGCAAAGCAUUUUCGAUAAUAGAAUCAGUUAGUUUCAGAGAAUCGACGAGGUGCAGCGCUACAUGAAUGACCACGCCAACCGCCCGGACACCAACUAA